AUGAAUAAUGUUGUGAAUAUGGAAGGUGCUAUAAAACAAGAUGGUAGUGCUGUUGUAGCAGCUCCUAACUACAGCGACGUUCCGGUACGCACUACGUGCCCUCAAUGCCGGAAAGUGGUUAUGUCACAAGUCACUGAAACUAUUGGAUUAGUAUCAAAUUCAUUAGUAACAAGUUUAAUAAUUACUAUUGGAAGUAUUUUUCGAGGUACUAGAAUAUCUUUAUUGCUCUAUAUAUUCGCUAAUGUCAUCAAUGGAUUUGGUGGCGGAUCAUUGAUACUUCUUUCUUCAUAUUUUGGUUAUAUUACUGAUAUAUUUAUUGAAAAAGAGCAGCACAUUAAGGCAAUUGCAGUUAUUGAAGCAACAUUAAAUCUUGGAGUUGUUGUGGGUAUCUUCUAUGCACAUUUGUUUUCCAAUUAA